GCAUCAUCAAGGUGGGUCAUUGGAACCCUCUGCCCAUCCACUUCCUAACAGACGCUCCUGAAGCCACGGUGUCUGACAUGCUGUUGGACGUCUACCACAUGGUCACUCUCCACAUACAGUUACAGAGCUUUGCCAAGCUGGAGGAUCUUCCGUCAGAGCAGUGGAACCACGCCACGGUGAGGAAUGCCCUUAAGGAGCUUCUCAAGGAGAUGAACCAGAGCACACUGGCCAAGGAGUGCCCUCUGUCACAGAGUAUGAUUUCCUCGAUAGUAAACAGCUCCUACUAUGCCAAUGUCUCCACUGCCAAAUGCCAGGAGUUUGGACGCUGGUACAAGAAGUAUAAGAAAAUCAAAG